AUGUUGCUGAGCACGGCCAACAAGUCUAUCUUAGUUGUCGAGGAUAUCGAUUGCACCAUCGAAUUCCAAAACAGAUUAUCCUUCAACCCUCCUCCUGUUAAUUAUCCAUACGAUAUGCAUCAUCAGGAUGGAAACAAGGUGACAUUGUCUGGUUUCCUCAAUUUCAUUGAUGGAAAGAUGGAUGUUCACAUCCACAUGUCAUAUUGUACUCCGUGUGGGUUCAAAAUCUUGGCAGCAAAUUACCUUGACAUCAAAGACCAUUUCCUAUUUAAAGAAACUGAGAAUUUGAUCGCGACAACGGAAGUUACACCGGCUGAAGUUGCAGAGCAGUUGUUGAGGGAUGACCAAGUUGAUGUUGUACUACAAGGGCUGAUUGAUUUUCUUCAUGUGAAGAGGAAGAAAAUGAGGAAGCUAAAGCUAAGAAAGUGGAAGUUGAGAUGA